GCCGCUGGCGCUGAAAGGAACGUGGCCGGCAAAGAUGAUUCAAGCGAUUCUGGUUUUCAACAACCACGGGAAGCCGCGGCUGGUCCGCUUCUACCAGCGUUUCCCAGAAGAAAUUCAACAGCAGAUUGUCCGAGAGACCUUCCAUCUAGUUCUCAAGCGAGAUGACAACAUCUGUAACUUCUUGGAAGGUGGAAGUUUGAUUGGUGGCUCCGACUACAAACUGAUCUAUCGGCACUAUGCUACACUGUACUUUGUGUUUUGUGUGGAUUCAUCCGAGAGUGAACUUGGAAUCUUGGACCUCAUCCAGGUUUUUGUGGAGACCCUGGAUAAGUGUUUUGAAAAUGUUUGUGAGUUGGAUUUGAUCUUCCAUAUGGAUAAGGUGCACUACAUCCUUCAGGAGGUGGUGAUGGGUGGGAUGGUGUUGGAGACCAACAUGAAUGAAAUCGUGGCUCAGAUCGAAGCUCAGAACAGGCUGGAGAAAUCCGAGGUGAGUACGCGGCUCGUUUGUCUCAUGCCCCCUCUCGUGUCUCCUCAGGGUGGCCUGUCAGCAGCCCCCGCCCGGGCCGUGUCCGCUGUGAAAAACAUCAAUCUGCCGGAGAUUCCUCGGAACAUCAACAUUGGUGAUCUCAACAUCAAAGUCCCCAACCUGUCCCAGUUUGUCUGAGGGU